AUGCACAACGCUCUAAACCGUAUACAAGCGGUCUUCGCACACUUCACCACUUGCGCCUUUGUGCUCGCCUCAAUCAUUGCUCUCCUCUCCGUCAUCCCCGUUCCUGCGCCUGAGUCCUCCCCCAGUGCCUCGGUUGCGGUGCGCAACGUCCAAGUCGUCAAAGGCCGGCCGCACUACUACUCGUCGAAACGAGAAGAAUACGCACAGAUCAGAUUCGAUCUCGACGCAGACCUGUCCAGUCUCUUCACAUGGAAUACCAAGCAGUUGUUUGUAUAUGUGACGGCGAACUACCCGAGCGGACAAGAUGGCCAAGGAGGCAUUUCCGAAGCGGUCAUCUGGGACACCAUUAUCCCAGCGACUUCAACGCCGUAUUCCUGGCAGAACCUGAAACAAAAGUACUUUCCUGACAACAAGAAGACAAAGGCGAAGAACCGGAGGGAUUCCAAUUCAAAGGCCAAGACGACGGAUCUCGUCAAGCCUGGCGUUAUCUCGUUGAAGAAUCAAAAGCCGAAAUAUCAGAUCACAGACCCAAGCGGCGUUAUUAGCGAGAGGACCAAUGCUACGUUGCAGGUCAGUUGGAAUCUCCAGCCUUGGGUCGGCGUUUUGGUUUGGGAUAAAGGGUAUCUAGGCCAACGGGUUGGGAAGUGGGAUGCUGGCAAGGCCGGUGUCAGUGAGACUUUUGAUUUCCCGCCUUUGAAAGGGAAGCAGACGACCGUUGUUAAAGAUAGAGAAGAAGCGAAGACUCCAGAGGCUGGCUCCGCGUCGCCAAUCAUUGAAUUAUAG